ACAAGUCAGAAAGAUCUUCUUUUAAGCUUCCUGGUUCUGCAUAUCCUUCCAUAAGCUUUUCUGCAUGCAAGACCACAGACCUUCAAGCCAAUCAAUGACGAGUGGACAGCUGUCGAGGGCGGAGGCCCUGGCAUGCUCAGGCUACAGGUAUGCAUGCCACGUGAUGCUCUACUCUGACACGAAAACUCAGCUGUUUGGGAGAAUUCCCAUCAGACAUAUCAUACUGAUGCAGAUGCGCUUUGAUGGUCUACUGGGUUUCCCUGGCGGGCUUGUUAACCCAUCGGAGGAGACGCUGGAGGCGGGACUUAGCAGGGAAUUGUUGGAGGAGCUGGGUGUGGCUCUUCCUAUAUCAGUAGAAGAUCAUGUGGACUCCUGCCAUGCCCCUUCUUCCUCCCCAUCCUCCUCUUCCCAUCUUAUCACUCACUUCUAUGUGAAGAAGAUGGAGGAGGAGCAGAUUAGGGAGGUGGAGAGAGCGGCUGUAUCCACGGCAACAGAUCAUGGACAGGAGGUUCUAGGAAUGGUCAGAGUCCCGCUCUACACCACGAAAAGCCUUGCGUCUUUCCUGUCGCACUCAUUCAUCUGCAAUGCUCGCGCCCAGCUGGUUGACUCUCUGCUGCGCUUCAACCUAGUCGCCCCCGAGGAGUUACACAAAGCCCUCACACACUCUCUGAAGAUACACACACACACUGCAGAGGACCUGCAAGCGGCCCUCAUGCUGACAGAGGCGAAGAGGAAACGGUUUUGAAGCACACCUGCAUGUGCAUCAGCACAUCCUCUCAAGCAUGCACAUAGAUACAGUUUGGCCAACAGCAGACUCAACACAGUCGUUCAUUCUCACACUUAAUCCUAAACACACACACACACAUUGUCAUAAUGAUUCUGAGCUGGUGACUCAUAAUUGUCUACUGUGUGCAUCAAACAGUUUGGGGAAAACAUUAUCAACUGCUUUACCAUUAAUGGAAAUAAACUAAUUUAAACUGUC